UUGUCAGCUGUUGCCACCGCUGACUUUUGCUGAAGUCCCUCCCUUGUUUGCCUCACAUGCAGAUCAGUUCUGCUGUUGAGUCAAAUUCCUGCGCUCUCUUCCCAGCGACGCCACCUGUUAGCAGCCAACCUCAGGAGAAAGAAAGAAACGCACAAGACUGGAUGAGCGUCUACGGCUCGGAAACCACUUUUUAUUCUCUGAUCGCUCAUAUGUAGGACGCUCACUGAGACCAUGGCAUCUUUUACUGCUCCAUGCACCAGCAUCAACCCCACCACGGACACCUCCAAGCCCAAGACGGCAUGGCAAAGACAAGGGAGCAGCCUCAAAGCAAGUGUGUGUGAGAGUGACCCGAGAAUGAGCAGGAACGGGGAUGUGGGACAGAACAUCAUCCUGGAGAAAACCCACGAGUUCUUCCAGAUGUGUGACACGGAGAACAAAGGCUUCAUCACCCGACGAGACAUGCAGAGACUGAAUGGCGAGCUUCCUCUUAGCGCUGAGGAGUUGGAGAACGUGUUUGAUUCCCUGGAUUCUGACAGCAAUGGAUACCUUACCCUCAACGAGUUCUCCUCAGGUUUUAGUGCCUUUUUAUUUGGGAGAAGAAUUUCUGUAGAAGGUGAUGCGAGGCAGAAGAACACCAGUAAGAGCCGUCAAGAAGUCCUUUACCUGUCCCAGUGGGAAGAGGGCCCACCAAGAGGUGAUGAUGAUGAUGAGGAUGAAGAAAAACACUUCUGCAUGCUAAUGGAGAGCCUCGGUGCAAACAGCAUCUUUGAGAAUCCGGCUGAAGUACGGAGCUUGUGGGCUCAGCUGCGCAGAGAUGAACCACAUCUUCUGUCAAAUUUUGAGCACUUCCUGACCAGAGUGACGAGCCAGAUCACGGAGGCUAACCAGGAGAAAAAGGAGAUGGAAAGUGCUCUCAAAAGGAAAGCUGCAACACAUGAUGAUGAAAUCCAGCGUCUGUAUGAAGAAAUGGAGCUGCAGAUAAAGAAUGAGAAGGACAAGAUUGUACUGCAGGACUAUGAGAGAUUUCUGUCUCUGAGUAAAGACCUGGAGCUGCAGCUGUCCAGUAAGGAGAAGGAGCUGGACCAACUCUUCCAAAAACAGAGACGGUUGGAGUGUCAGUGCCAGGAGCUUCAUAGUGAACAACACGUGACCAAAAAUGAAAAUGUGAAACUUAAGCAGACUAAUGAUGAGUUGGCUCGGGAGCUGGAUCACGUCAGCCAAGAACUGAUCCUGACUCAGGAGCAGCUGAGUCUCAUACAGGAACAGUCCACCAGACUACAUGAAGAAAAGGAGAUGGAAAUUUACAGACUCACUGAAGGACUGCAGAGGGAGCGAGCAAGCCUUCUCAAACAGCUGGACCUAUUGAGAGAAAUGAACAAACAUCUACGAGAUGAAAGGGACAUGUGCUAUCAGAAACCAGGAAAUUCCUUGAACACAUCAAGCCCGGGGCAGCAGCCUUCUACAGAGGAUGUGAAACAUGCAAAACCAGAUGUUUUCAAAAGUGAAGACGAUGAGGAAGUGACCUCUAUUUCUAAGAGGAAGACCUUGGUUAAUGGUGUAUUCCAGCCGCCUUUGCCUGCACUGAAAAGCGGACACUUACGGAGAAUCAUCUCAAUCGAGGAAGACCACCUCCCCCAUUUGCUGAAUGACUCUCAGGUUCAAAAUCCACUCCAAAAGUGUUCAGAACAAGAGGAAGAGUCUGACAACGAAGACAAUAUUGACUUUGUGAUGAGUGACACUUACAGGUGGGCCUCACCAGCUCAUGUGCAAAAGUCGGAGGAAAACAUGGACGGAAGGCGGGUUCCAACAUCUCCGAGGGUUCAGCCUGUUGGCAAGGAAACCAGCUUAAAUGAGGAAAACAGUUCUACAGAUCCUGAUCGUCUUUUCAAAAUCAUCCUGGUUGGAAACUCCAGUGUGGGAAAAACAUCGCUCCUUCAGAGAUUUUGUGACAACCGUUUCCACCAUGGCACUUCUGCCACUGUGGGUAUGUAAAGUGUAGAACAAACACCCUAUGGCAGCGCAGCAAAAGCUGUGCAGAUCCCAUUAUUAGUGACUAGAUGAGGCGUAUAAUUGUAGAAAAAAAAGCUAAUUUUCUGUUGGAAUCACACUUUGUUUGCAAGAAGUUUUAUAAAAGACUCGGCUGCUUGGGGCAUAUGACAUAUUUGCGAACAGAUCUACAUGGCAUGUGUAGCUGUAGUUUAACAUUACACACCGAGUCUUUAUAAAUUUCUCAUUUUCUUCCCAGUUUAAUGUCUCCAUCAUAGAAAUUCUAUAAGUGAAACUUGUUAAAAGGUUUUGCUUCUCAUAGAAUAAAAAACAUUUUUCUAAAUGUGGAGUGAAACAAUGAAAGUCUUGACCUAACUGGCUCUUUUGGUGUUACCCCAUUAGUUUGAAAAAGAAAAAAAAAACUCCUCUAUCAAAAGCACACUGUGCAUUUUUGUGCCGUCCUAGACAAAUCCUUCAUGAUUUGCAAGCCUGUGGUUGUCCAGUGUGACCAGCCCAGCAACGGCUUAAUGAGUAUGCGCAUGACCAAAAUCAGCCUCCUUCAGCCUUGAAAACCUAUGAAUCUUGUUUGCAAUUAACCAAUGAAAAUCCGCCUAGGGAGUGACGUGAACGGGUGACGGGAGUUGCUAGAAUUAGCCACAUUAGCAGCAGUGGAAGCUACAAACAGGAACAUGUGGACCACUCCAUUUGGGAGUUCAGUUUGGAGUCUAAAAUAGAAGUGGUAAAGGUGGCACUUUUUUUCUUUCAUCAAUGUUUCCUUGGUACACGUCAGCUUUUGGUAAUGCUUGCUUUGGCGGGUUUACUCGUGAUGUUGGUGUGUCCUGCUAGAGCGAGACGUUGUGAAGUUUGGCUCACUGCAAUCUUAAACUGUACAGUGUACCACCUUUAGAUUCCUCAGUGUGAUAUGAAGCAGUCCUGAUAGCUGAAAAGCAUACAGUGGGGUCCGUGCUUCCGAGAGAGAUUGACAUAAAUGUAUCUGAUGUAGUUCUAUGAUUGUGGUGUAAUUCUAGAACCAAAGUGCCAAUCUGUUUUCUGUAGGUCUGUUAAGUGUCAUGUAUUGCUUUAAUAUAAAUAUUUGUUAAAGGGCCACUAUUAUGCAAAAUGACAUUUUUUGAGCUUCUAUCCAUGUUAUAUUGUCACUUCCUCAUUGAAAACCCCCUAAAGCUAGGUAUAUAGAUGAGCAGUUGGGAGGGAGGCAAAAAGGUCCUUUCAGGAGCAUAAGCCUUAGCUUCGUGGGGCAGAUGCACAAAUGAGCUACAUGAUGGACCUGAGUGUCGGCAAGCGCUAAAUGGGCCAGACCAACUGGGCAGUUCACGGGGAAUGGUCCUGGUGUACCCGAUAUCCAGCCCGCUGCAGGCAUUUGUUGCCAACCCUGCCUUCUUUUUCUUCUAUGAGACCCUUGAUGCUUUGCUGGGGAUCUUUAGUUAUGUCAUAAAAUGGGUAGAGCUCACGUGGAAGCAUCUUAUUUGUGGGUUGAAAGAAAUAUCUCAAGAAAAUAAUUUAUAUUUCAGAUAAAACAUGCGUCUUUAUAGUGCCAAUGGUAGUAUUUUAUCAUGUAUGGGCCUAUCCUUUCUCUGAAAGGUUUAAAAUGGGAUACAGAAUUGUUUAAAUAAGCAUAUGCUUUAGUAUCUCUGGAAUCAUGCACAUUUAUUAGAAAUGUGCGCAUUGUACACUUGUGUUU